GUCGCGCGAACGCCGGUAACGGAAAUUCUCGCCAUACGUCGCCGUCGACGUCGGCGUUGUGUCGUCGCCGCCCGCAACAACAAAAGGCAGUAAAAAAGAAGAAAUUAAUAGAAAUAAAUAAAACGUAAUCCCUUUUAUUAAAAUCUACAACAACAGCAAACAACAAAAAAACGAAUAAAAACACAACGACAGGAACAACCGACAUACCCACACACAAUUCACACCUAAAAGACUGCAAUCUGCCUUAACUAAAGGAAAGCCAGAGUACGGGGAACAUAAAGAUACAAUAUAGGGGAGGAAAUCGAGUGGAGGGAGUGAAGUGAAGUGGAAAGACGGGGAGGAAAAAUCUGCAGAUUGAUUCCAGCACGAUCCGGAUCUGAAUCGGAACCACUAAACUGAAUCGGUAACAAAAUCAAGAAACAAAAUAUCAGCAGCAUCGCAAUCUAGGGAUCACAAUGAGUUCGUUUUUCGAGCUGCUGGGACUUUUCCUGCUGCUGAUGCUGCCUUUUCUCUACGAGACCAAUCACAUAUUCCGAUACUACUUCAAAUUCCUGAUGUACUACGGCAUCGUGUCCUUCAACUCGAUCGUCCUCAUCCCGGCCUUCCUCACCCGACCCUGCGAUGUCCGAAAUCUGUUAUGGGCGAGCACCUGGUGCCACCGCGUUUCGACGUUGAUCGGCCUGCGCUGGGAGCUGCGUGGCAAGGAGCAUUUGGCCAAGGACCAGGCCUGCAUCAUUGUGGCCAACCAUCAGAGCUCGCUGGACGUACUGGGCAUGUUCAACAUCUGGCAUGUGAUGAACAAAUGUACGGUGGUGGCCAAGCGGGAGCUCUUCUACGCCUGGCCCUUUGGCCUGGCCGCCUGGUUGGCUGGCCUGAUCUUCAUCGAUCGUGUGCGCGGCGAGAAGGCCCGUGAGACGCUAAACGAUGUGAAUCGGCGCAUUAAGAAGCAGCGCAUCAAACUGUGGGUUUUCCCAGAGGGAACGCGUCGCAACACGGGCGAACUGCAUCCGUUCAAGAAGGGCGCCUUUCACAUGGCCAUCGAUCAGCAGAUACCCAUCCUGCCGGUGGUCUUCUCCUCAUACUGUACAUUCCUCAAUGACAAGAAGAAGAUCCUGAAUGCGGGUCGCAUUGUGAUCACCACACUGCCGCCGGUUAGCACCGAGGGUCUGACCAAGGACGACAUCGAUGUGCUGAUGGAGCGGGUUCGCUCCCAAAUGAGUGAAACAUUUAAGCUGACGUCAGCGGAGGCGUUGCAGCGGUACAAGCCGCUGAAGAAGGGCGGCGUUCCCAUUUCCCAUUUGGCAGCCACUGUGGGCUCAGCGGGAUCCGCUGGAACACCCGUGGCGGAUGCCGCGGUGGCCGCCGCCGCAGCCGUGGCCAGUAAUAGUUCUGGAUACGGUCAGCCGGCGGGCUAUGGAACCGGUGCUGCAAAGGCCAGCCUGCUCAAGACGCUUUAGGCGAUGUGGCAAUAUAAUCCACACACUCACUCAUAACCAAAUAAUACACACUUCUCAUUGGCGUAGCUGGAGAGCCGCAUUGGCCUAUUUGGGAUUUUCUAUUUCGUUAAAACUUCUAUAUGUUUUUCAUUGUCGUACACCUACAGUAUUUAUGUUAUCUCACCAUUUGAUGUCUAACGUUUUGUUAUUUAUUUUAAAGCUAGUAACUGAUAGUGUCCUAUUUUGUUGUAAAUUCUAAUUUAAAGACAGUUUGUAUAGAAGUAAAGUAUUCCGUAAACUAUUUUUUAUACUCCAAAAGGAGUUUAAAACUGUUCAGCAGUAUUUAUACCUUAAGGGGUUACAUAGGGUUUUCGGCCCAAAAGCAAGCACUUCAUGAUUUUUUUUUAAUAUUUCAAAUGAUAUUGUAAGUUUACAUUAUUUGGUAAAUUUUAGGUCAUUUAAAAAGACAAAAUUUUAAUUUUACUAUGACAAUUUUUUUGGAGACUAUAUAAAAAAUGUAUGCAUUUGGUGGACAUGAUAAAUAGUGACAGGAUCAUCAGAUAAUUCAAAUGUUAAUUUUCUAUGUUAGUGUAUCUCAAAAUCUACUGCUUGAAUGAAGAAUUUGGGGAACAAAAUAUAGUUUGUAUUUUUGAGCAAUAUUUUACAAAAAAAUACGAAUUUUCGAUUUUAAAAAUUUUUAAAUUUUAAAAAUUAGCAAUAAUUAAUUUAUGUAUAUAACAAUUUUUUGUUCAAGCCCUAGCUUUUGAGGUGCUAAAUACGUAAAAAAAAUCGGAAAAAGGUUCAUAACUUUUUGAGUUAUUGUGUCCACCGGCUUUUAAGUUGUGAUUACGAGAAAAACGCAAUUGAAAUGCGUUACGUUUUAAGGUCUAUCUCCUAUUGAUCCGAUCAAGUUGAAGUUUUGGGAGUGUAAUCUAGACAACUUUAACUAAUUAAAAAAAAUCGAUUUUUGUUGAGCCCUUCGUAGCCCCUUAAUUAAAUUAAUUUCAUUUGAAGUCAAAAAUAAAAUGAUACUAAAAUGUAAACAUUAGAUUAACUUAAAGUAUUCACAACAAUCUUAAUUGAAUAAGAUAAAAGAGCAAAUACCAAAGUAAUUGAGAAAUGCCUAGUUUUUAAAUUGAAUUUCAUUUUAAAAAUGUUAUCUAAAAUCUAGUUACUAACUAAAAGAUUUGCAGAAAGUUUUAACUUUAUUAUUAAUGACUUGCAAUUUAUAGGUAUUGAUUUUCCUGAAAUGGUCAAAGCCCAAAUAGGUCUAUUAUUUCAUACAUCGCACACACUUUUUCGAACACUAUUCAGCUUUGUUUAUCGAAACUCUCUUGUCAAGUUAACAUGUGCAUCAUUUUGUAGAUUUCCGCACUGACAUAAUAUUUCGACUUAUCUUAGUAUUUAAGAAAAAGUGUAUUCGAACACAAAAUGUUUCCGGCUACAGGCCACGCAAAAAAAAACUCACAUCCAAUUAGAUUGGCUAAGUCAGGCACCAAAAUGAGUAUUAGAAGCGGCAACAACGAAAUUGCGACCCUCGACUUUAUCUUCUUCUUAGGCAACACAUACCAAAAAACAGCAAAAAUAAAAAAACCAAAAACUAAAAA